UGUCGGACGCCGGGUCGCUUCAUCAGAUGAGAUGUGAGCAGUUGUUGAGUAAUUUCUGUCAGACUGCUCUUAUUUCACCGCAGAGGACGACGCUCCACUGACGCCAACACCGACAGACAUGUCGUACUGCAGGCAAGAGGGCAAAGAUCGCAUUAUCUUUGUGACCAAAGAAGACCAUGAGACACCCAGCAACGCGGAGCUGAUCGCAGAUGAUCCCAACGAUCCUUAUGAAGAACAAGGUCUGAUUCUACCUAAUGGAGACAUCAACUGGAACUGCCCAUGUCUUGGCGGCAUGGCCAGCGGCCCGUGCGGCUCUCAGUUCAAGGAGGCCUUUUCCUGCUUCCACUACAGCAAAGAAGAGGUGAAGGGCUCCGAGUGCAUCGACAACUUCCGUAACAUGCAAGAGUGCAUGCAGAGGUACCCUGAGCUCUAUCCUCAGGAGGAAGAGAAAGAAAGCUCCCCCCAGGCAGAGUCCAACACUGGUUCUGACUCUGCCGCCCCAGUCGAGGGCUCUGCCUUAUCCCCAGAAACUGACUCUACUCCAGCUGCUUUGACCGUCUCACCUGACAGCAUGUCGUCUACAGACAGCCAGUCCACCAGCUAAAGUCAAUCACUCGUCGUCCACAGGCUCUUGUUCUCUGUUUGCAAGCACUGCCCAGCAUAAGUGACUCUCUCCACUGGCCCAAUGUCUCUUCUCUGGUUUUAAUCCAACAGAGAGGGCUUUGACUGACACAGCAGGCCAUCAGAGGAAGACUUUGUGAAUGCACACAAACGUAGCAUAUGUACAAAAGUAUACACUGCUUUGUUUGCUAAAAAGAUAUAUGAUUUAAUGACAGUGGGCCAAGCUAUUUGCUGCAGGGACGUUAGCUGAAAGACUCACUUUAUAUGCAAUAGGUAAUUAAUUUGCUGUGUGUCGUCAUGUUUCCAAUCAGAAGAGUUGUGCGUUGAUCCAUGAUAUGUGUGUUAUUUUUAAUGUGACUGGUCAGGAUGUAAAGUCUUGGCACUUAGCUCUUAAUUAAUGGUAAUUGAAGCAGUAACCGUUAGAUUUGUUCAAUCCUUCACUCAAGAGACCAAAACACAGGCAACUGGGUUAACGAGGCUAAUUAAGCACUGUUACAGUUUACAUGCAUUGGACAUAACAUUUGAUAUUCACAGAUUGUCAUUAACAGCAUGGGUUCACAGGGUCUCCAUCUAUAUCUGGUACCGUUUCAACUACGGGCUUCCUUUUUUUUUUUUUUUUUGGCAUUGUAGCCGGCCUCGACCAAAGCGGUUUGUCCGGUUUGACUGUCUCUGUGUAAGUGUUCUUGUCUUUGUCUCAGCACUGUCUAGAGUAUCAAGUUGGAUGCUGUCGGUCACCAUUUACUGUCAUACAGGCCUUAAAGGAAAGAUGAUAAUUCUCAAACAUGUUCAGAUUAAAAUGACUAUGGAACCAUU